AGAAAUUUCAAAGCGGCUUAUUCAAGAACUGUGCUACACGUGAAACUUUACUGAAUUACUUGAUAUACGUUAUGAACACGGAAGUGGGUAGAUUAAAUGCGUACAAAGAAAAAACUAAAGUUGACGGUGAAGAGCUAGUACUCAAUGUCUUUCCAAAACGUGUAUUUGAAAUGGAAGACAUAUUAGCGUCGGAUAUGUUUUUUCUAGAGGGAAAGUAUGUCCAUUCUGAUGUGAAUGUACCUUAUCCUGUUAAUCCACAUAAUUCGUUACAUUCUGGUGGUGAUAUGGAUUCUGAUUUAUCCAAUGCUGCAGAUAAGAUGAGCAAUGAUAAACAACAGUUUCCUAGUAAAGGUUCUUUUGUCUACGCCUUACCAAAUGGUUCUGUGUCAUACAAUAAACAUAUCAAAGCUAUGAUCGAGAAAACUAAACCGUGUUUAACUCAACUUAUGAUCGAAGCUCAACUUGUUCGUUUAUGGGUUCAAUUUAAUAUACCACGAAUUGAAGAUGGAAAUAAUUUCGGUGUAGGAAUUCAAGAAGAGAUUUUAGGUGAAGCAUCGGGUAUCGAGAGGGAUGCAUGUACUUUCUUGGAUCAAGUCACAAGGUUUGUUUAUAUUCUCGACUUUUUCCAUUCUCCUGUAUAUAUAAAGGGGUUUUCUGGUGAUUGGUUUAAUUUGUAGGUAGUAUUUAUUACAGAUUGAUUUCAGUUGGAAUACAAGACAACCGUUUCGUCCCAGUAUGGGCCCCUCAGCUGUGUGCACUCACAAGCCUCCGAGAAUCAAACUCAGGACCUUCAGGCUUCGUGGCGAACAGUCAACCAUUAUAACCACUGGGUCAGCAUCCAGUGGUACAUUUCUAGCCUCACUCAAUAUACCAUAUAGGAUGAUGAUUGUCUAAUGCCAUUGGUGACACCGAGGUGCUUGAACUCCACUACUCACAAAUUCUCAUUAAACUCCAGGAGUGUCUUGAAGUAAGUCACUGGUGAGCUGACUGUUAUAGUUUGUUCAAAGUGGUUUUGUGGAGAUCAGUUAGUUUUGUGGGUAGUAUUGUUCACAGAUUCAUCUGAUCCUGGGUACCUCUGAAAGCCGGGGAGGACUGAACUUUCUCGUCCGGGUAUGAGGCAGCGCCCACUCAUAACUCCACGUAGGAUCAAACUGAGGAUUAGCAUUAUCUAGAGCAGUUUAUGAUUGUUGCUAUUUGCAUAUAUAUAUAUAUAUAUAUAUAGUUGAAACAAGGCAGUAGUGAACAGCUGUCUCAUCAUCGUUGGGAGUAUUCCACAGCAGUGCACACCUGCAGUCCAACACAUCACUCUGUGAUAAAGCAAAUCUCCACAGCUGAUCAGGCUAUAUAUAUAUAUAAGUUAUAUUUAUUCAUUACAGGUUGAAAAUAUGAAGUUGGGUGUUAUGGUUGUGGCCGAGUGGAUGCCUAAUUGAUGUGUGACUUGAUGAGACCGCCAAUUAGGGAGAGCGAAUUCUCGAUUGGAACAGUGACACGAAACCCGUACGAGCAGACUAGAGUGCUAACUGAUCCUGCGAUCUGCCUAGCCCAGCCAGUUAAGUCCAAAACACCAAUAACAGCCUCAGUGGUAUGAAUCAUUAUUUACAAACAUAAUGGGUUUUUAUACAAACCAAAGUAAUCAAUAACUGAGUAUAACUCAAGAAUCGUAUGAUAAUAAAUCAAAGAUCAAAAUAAAGCUCAUGAUAAGAGAAACACAAAUAUGAAUCGUUUAGUUACGUAACAAUUGUACAAUAGGAAAUACGCAUAAUACAUUGGUCGAUAAAUAGUCCUUGGAGUUACCAUUCAUAAUUCACCAGGGGAUAUAACAUUGGGUUUCCUUCCUCGUUUAUAGACUUCCUACAUUUUUGUUGAAGAUAUUUUAAUGAUGUUGAUAUAAGUUAUAAUAACAAGCUGACCUACUCAUUUGAGUUUUUAGAUUUGCAACUGUGAUCCUAAAAAGUCUCUUCUUUAAAAUCAUAUUGUUUUCCUUUAGGAAUUCCAUUUUAUUCUUUCCUCGUUCAGAAUAAGCGUUUAAUAUUACAUGAAAAUUGACGCUUCUCCUAUGAACUAGUUUUAAUGCAUAUUUAUAUGUUGAAAACUAGAUGACGGAGUAUUGAAGGUGUGACUCAAAGCCUCGAGUUGUACAUAAAUAUGUAUUUGAUCAAUGAGUUCAUUACAUUAAUCAGAUAUUAGUUGCCCAUUUAACCUUAUUAAUAAUAAUAUUUAUUAUAACAGUGUGAUUAUUAGUAAAGAUGAACUUUCGGAGAUGUCUUAUCUAAAGUUAUUGUUUCUAUUUGUGCUCGUCAGUUCUUAAAUGCUUAAGUCACUGCGUUUUUGUAUAUUUCUGCUUGUAAGCUUUCUCGUGAUGCAUAGACGUUUGCUAUAUGCUGAAAAAUGUUUGGGUACAAUGAACCAAUAGGAGCUGUAGAAGAAGUAUUGGACGCAGAAUAGUAAAAACUAUUAUUAAAAUUGCGAUUAGUGACUUUAACAUGGGCUGCCAAUCAACGUACUCAAGUCGGUACAACAGUAUUCAGUUGAUAUUUAUGCUUCGUUUCAAUCAUAUCAUUCUAACAUAGGAUGCAGAAUUGUUUUAUCAUUUAGUUAGUUUUUUUUUGUCAAACUGUAUUUACUUCUGUGCUUAUGGAUACUUGAGUUUUAUUUCCGCCUUUUUUCCUGUAUACACAGAUAUUAUGCCUCAAGAGGAAAAUUAGUGGGUAAAGUGGCAAAAUAUCCACAUAUUGAAGACUAUCGUGAAUGUAUCCGUGAUAUGGAUGAGAAACAAGCAAUAACAAUGCGUUAUAUUAUUAUGGAAAUUCGUAAUCACUAUGCUACCUUACAUGAUAUAAUAAUAAAAAAUUUGGAUCGUAUAAAAAUGCCUCGUUCCAAUAAUGCAAUCAAUAUGUACUAAUUGAUAAAACCAAGAUUUAGUUCUGUGUUUGCUCAUAUUAUGAAAUUUUGAUUGUAUGUAAAUACAUACGUUCUAAACGU